GUUGUCUACAAUAUUGGGCUAGAGCAGAGUAUUUAUAUCACCACCCACGAGCCUUUGCUUUUCCUUCAACACCACCUCUCCUCUUAUCUGUUUUCUUUCCGGAGUCAUUUGUCUGAUCUCAUCAUCAACAACCACAACUACUCAAACAAUCCUUUCAGAAAGAAAGAAAAAAAAAAACAAUCCAAAAGAAGAAGCAUGUCCUAAUAAUAUCAGUAUCUUCUCAGUGUGAAAAAAAAAAUCAUAAUUAUUUUUGAUGGUCAGAUCACACAAGCGAGAAUCUGCUACUUAGAUCCAAUCUCUCGUGAAGCCACAACUUGGUUCUUCCACCACCAUGACUACAACCACAGAUAGCAACAACGGCGGCAAAACGCAAACGCAGACGCACAAGAAACAAGUGAGAAGACGACUCCACACAAGCCGUCCUUACCAAGAACGUCUCCUUAAUAUGGCCGAAGCUCGCCGCGAAAUCGUCACCGCCUUAAAACAACAUCGCGCUUCCAUGAGACAAGCCGCCAAGAUUCCACCGCCUCCUCCUCCACCGCAGAAUCUUCUUUCUCCACCGCCUCCUCCUCCACCUCCGGAUCCAUUUUCUUGGUUGAAUCCACAACUCAGUUUCCUCCUCCCUAACCAACCUUUAGGGUUAAACCUCAAUUACCAUGACUUCAACGACUUCAUCCAAACCUCCUCGCCGUCGUCAUCAUCAUCCUCGUCGUCGUCAAACUCAUCUUCAUCAUCCUCAGCGAUGUUUCCGACGACGAAUCUUCAUAUCUACUCCUCCUCCCCUUCACCUCCACUUCCCAAGAAGCAGGUGAUGGAACCGGAGAACAACGUGGGGACGUCAGCUUGGUGGUCAGAGCUCAUGAUGAAGACGGCGGAGACGGAGAUGACAAAGUCGGAGGAGGAACAAGCCGUGGUGGUCGAGGAUGACGUCUUCCCGAAGUUCAGUGACGUCAUGGAGUUUCCUUCGUGGUUGAAUCCAACAGAUGAAGAACUGUUUCAUCCGUAUGAUCUCUCUACUCAUUACUCCUCCCCUCACAAUCCUCCUUUGUCCUGUAUGGAGUUUAAAGAAAUUGAAGGCAUGGAUGGAGACGAUUGGCUUGCCUGGCUGAGCCACAAAGAUUGAUUACUGUUUUUUUUUUCAGACAUGUUGAAUCAACUCUUUGGUUAUUUUCUUAUUUAUUUGUUUUCUUUCUAUUUUUUCUCCUUUUUUUUUUUUCUGUUUGGAGACACAAGAAUUUAAGAAUAACAACAUGCCUGCGGAGAGAUGUUCGGUUUGGCAAAAGUCACAAAUGAAUGAAACUAAAACUUUUCUUGCUCAAAAA